AUGGAAGUGAAUGGUUCCAGAGUCAGGACCUGUACUACUAAUGGCACAUGGAGUGGAGUCAUGCCAACUUGUAGAGCUGUUACUUGCCCAGCUCCUCCCCAGAUCUCUAAUGGAAGGCUGGAGGGAACAAAUUUUGACUGGGGCUUUAGUAUCAGCUACAUCUGUUCUCCAGGAUAUGAACUGUCCUUUCCUGCUGUUUUGACCUGUGUAGGGAAUGGUACCUGGAGUGGUGAAGUACCACAGUGCUUGCCAAAGUUUUGUGGUGACCCUGGUACACCUUCCCAAGGAAAACGAGAAGGCAAAAGCUUUAUAUAUCAGUCAGAGGUUUCAUUCAGCUGCAAUGCUCCUUUCAUAUUAGUGGGCUCAAGCACCAGAAUAUGUCAAGCAGAUGGCACUUGGAGUGGCUCAUCACCUCACUGCAUAGAACCUACUCGGACCUCUUGUGAAAACCCAGCUGUGCCACGGCACGGAUCUCAGAACAAUACGUUUGGAUUUCAAGUAGGAAGUGUUGUACAGUUUCAUUGCAAAAAAGGACACUUACUUCAAGGGUCUACAACACGCACUUGUCUCCCUGACCUCACAUGGAGUGGAAUUCAGCCUGAAUGCAUACCCCACAGCUGUAAGCAACCAGAAACUCCUUCUCAUGCAAAUGUAGUAGGAAUGGACCUUCCAUCUCAUGGGUAUACACUAAUUUACACCUGCCAGCCUGGCUUUUUCUUAGCAGGUGGAACAGAACAUAGAGUAUGUAGAUCUGACAAUACCUGGACUGGAAAAGUUCCUGUUUGUGAAGCUGGUUCCAAAAUAUUGGUGAAAGAUCCUAGACCUGCAUUAGGAACACCCAGCCCAAAGCUCAGUGUUCCUGAUGAUGUGUUUGCCCAAAAUUAUAUAUGGAAAGGUUCUUAUAAUUUUAAAGGAAGGAAACAACCCAUGACCUUGACAGUUACUAGCUUCAAUGCAUCCACUGGGAGAGUUAAUGCCACACUGAGCAAUAGCAACAUGGAACUGCUACUUUCAGGGAUAUAUAAAAGCCAGGAAGCUCGCCUAAUGUUACACAUAUAUCUUAUUAAGGCACCAGCUCAUGCUUCUGUGAAGAAAAUGAAGGAGGAAAAUUGGGCCAUGGAUGGUUUUGUUUCUGCUGAGCCUGAUGGAGCGACUUAUGUAUUUCAAGGAUUUAUUCAAGGCAAAGAUUAUGGACAAUUUGGACUCCAAAGACUGGGACUCAAUAUGUCAGAAGGUUCAAAUUCUUCCAAUCAUCCUCAUGGUACAAAUAGUAGUUCUGUGGCCAUUGCUAUUCUUGUGCCUUUUUUUGCACUUAUAUUUGCAGGAUUUGGAUUUUAUCUUUAUAAACAAAGGACUGCACCCAAAACACAGUAUACCGGAUGUUCAGUACAUGAAAAUAACAAUGGCCAAGCAGCUUUUGAAAACCCCAUGUAUGACACUAAUGCCAAGUCAGUGGAAGGGAAGGCUGUACGAUUUGAUCCCAACUUGAACACAGUUUGCACAAUGGUAUAAUGCGGCAACACUUUGCCUUCUUCAAAAUCUUGGAAAUUGACACACAAUCAGUGCACAUUUAGUUCACUGCUAAACAAAGCACACUUUUCAGGACUUGCUGGGUCACCUUUUCCUGAGGAAUGAGAGAGAAGAGUGUUUUUUCAUAAACUGGAUCAAAAGUCUUCUUCAUGUUUACCAUGGAGAGUUUUACAGAAAUUUGGCUGCACUCUGAGAGUGCUUACUCACAGUUUUAUUUGCUUUUUUAAAAAAGGAGAUUAUUCUAAAACAUAAACUUAUUUGCAUAUAUUGGAGGAGCAUCCACUAUCAGUAUUUCUGUGCUUUAUAAACUAUAUUAGAGGGACUGGGUUAAACAAAAAGAUAUAGGGUAGAAAAUAAGAGAUGUACUUACAAAAGUCAAUAGAUCAUUGACUUCUCUUUAACUUUCCUGAGCAACAUUGCACCCAUCAGUCUGUAUUUCAUACCACACCAUCUGCUAUUCAUUCUUGUUAGUCUAUGUCUUAUUAUCCUUAUUUUCAUGAUAUUUAAGAUUGGGACAUGCCUUUAACUGUUUAUGAUAUAAUUUAUGCCACAGAAGAAAUAAGGCUGCCCACCCCAAUUUAACUUUCUGGGUUUUUUGUUCUUCAUGCUGUUUUUCUUUUAACUGAUUGUCAUAGUUUAUUCAAAUGGCAAGGUCAUUGUGUCAUUGUCCCCUCCUGAUUUCC